UUAAUUUUCACUAAAAUGAAUCAAUGUGUGAAAGUGUGGUUUGAUUACAUGUUCCAACAGCCUGCCAUACUGUGCGUGCUGAGACACUCCGCGGCUCGACGACAUCUGCGAUGGAUUAGUUGUGCCUUGAUUGCUAAAUUUCCUGGUUGGAUUUCUCUGUUAUCCGAACCUCGUGACUGUUUUUGUUUACUGGCCAUCGUUAUCGGAUGUUUGGCACCUCGGGUGGAUUUAAGGGAGAAGCAGAACGACUCGGUGGCGGAGCUGCUCACACCGGGAAGAGGACCGUUUGGCUAUGAGACAUCGGGAGUCAUGGCGGGUCGGCACCGGGUCACCGCGCUCUCUGUCGGCGUGUUGUUGUUGAUGAUGUCGGCUCGGAGCAGCGGGAGACCCGAGAAAUGUCUCGGCAACAAGUCCUGUCGGAGACCUCCUGUCGUCCUGAUCCCGGGGGAUCUGGGAAACCAGCUGGAGGCGAAGCUGGACAAGCCCAGCGUGGUCCAUUACAUCUGCUACAAGAAGACCGACUUCUUCUUCACCCUGUGGCUCAAUCUGGAGCUGCUGGUCCCCGUCGCCAUCGACUGCUGGAUCGACAACAUCAGGCUGAUCUAUAACGGGACCACGCGCACCUCCUCCUCUCCUCCUGGUGUGAACGUCCGAGUCCCAGGCUUCGGAAAAACGUAUUCGCUGGAAUACCUGGACCCCAGCAAACGCAGCGUUGGCAUGUAUUUCUUCAGCAUAGUGCAGGCGAUGGUGGAGUGGGGCUACACCAGAGACGACGACGUCAGAGGAGCUCCUUACGACUGGAGGAAAGCUCCGAACGAGAAUAAAGAAUAUUUCCUGGAUCUGCAAAAGAUGAUUGAGGAGAUGGCAGAGGAGGCCGGAGGGCCCGUGGUGCUCAUCGCUCACAGCAUGGGGAACAUGUACACCCUGUUCUUCCUCAACCAGCAGCCGCAGGCGUGGAAGGACAAAUACAUCAAGGCCUUCGUCAGUCUGGGACCUCCGUGGGCCGGCGUGGCCAAAACGCUCCGCGUGGUUACGUCUGGCGAUAACAACCGCAUCCCGGUCAUCAGCUCACUGAAGAUCCGAUCCCAACAACGUUCUGCCGUCUCCACCAACUGGCUCCUUCCUUACGCCCACUCCUGGCCCGAAGAUCAGGUUCUCGUCCAAACCCCCACCGCCAACUACACGCUGCAGGACUACGAGCGACUCUACGCCGACAUCGGUUUCCACGAAGGCUGGCAGAUGCGUCUGGACACCGAGCCGCUGGUGUCCGACCUCAGGGCCCCCGGCGUGGCCGUCCACUGUCUCUACGGCGCCGGCGUCCCCACUCCUGAGACCUUCCAGUACUCCGACAAGUUCCCCGACGUGGAACCGACGGUGGGGUACGGCGAUGGCGACGGGACGGUGAACCUGCGGAGCGCUGUUCAGUGUAAACGUUGGGCGGGGAGACAGAAGCAACCCGUCGUCCUCAAAGAGCUGACGGGCAACGAGCACGUGGACAUGUUGACGAACUUCACGACGGUGGCCUACAUCAAAACCGUGCUGUUCUCGCCGUGACUCGUUUACCCUCCCAAGUGUUCGCCUGGACUCUGACCGCCAAAGAUUCAGGGUUCGUGUCGUCAGACGCGACUAAAAGUGUUCCUGUUGUAUCGGAGAGAUGCUAAAUGUUUCUGUAGCCCUACGAUGUUUUUCUACUGGUCUCAGAUUUACAAAAUAUCAAUGUAACUUUUUAUUUCACCUGCACUAUGACUAAAAUAUUGAUUUAUAUGUAUAAAUGUGUCAAAGCCCAGGGAUGUGCUGUCUGUGCCAAUACCUGCCAGAGCUGAUGGGUUCUGUCGGAGCCGGAGGCGUCUGAUUAUUUAAUCCGAUGUGUAAAGCACACACUAAUCAGCACCGUGAAACCUUAGAUUUCUGGUAUCUCUGGUGAUUUCCACUUAAAUGUUUUCCAUGCAGCCACGCGGAUCCCCAGAGGUGGGUUUGUUGUUAGAAUUAUGUCUUAUUAACCGAAAGAAAAUGAACUUUAUUCUAAGUUUAAUCACCACCAGGAGGAGAACUCCUCUGUAUUGUUUAAGGAAAGCUAUAGGAUGCUGUUGGAGUUCUUAGGAACAAUGUGACCUGGUCAUGAAAAGCAUCAGGGUUCCUCCUGUCGGCUCGUUCCAGAACCCACGAAAGAACCCUUUCCUCUUUUCUGUUUCAUUUCCUGAUUCUCUGAAAGCUUUGGCUCAAGUUUGACUUGAUCCAGACAGGAAGUACGGCUAAGACGCACGGAGAGGUAAUUAGACGAUGUGAAACUCGCCGCCUGUUCUGGAGACGUUCUGACCUGAGUGACUGUACCCUGCCAUAACGCUCCCAGUGGGCCAGACCAAAACGGUUCCUCUGAAGGAUCCCAGCUGCUGUGAGCUGUCAGAAAUGUGUGUUAAACGUGCUGCCUUUUACUGAGUAAACUAUUUGCAUGGCA